AUGCGUUCAUUCGUCUUCUUCUCAACAUUCGUUUUGAGCUUUGCUCUGUUCCAACUUGUCGCUGCCAGAGCCACUAACCAGCAGAAGCGCACUGAGCAGGAAACCAGUCCCAAUGGAGUCGUGAACUUCAUCAGAGAUCUGUUUGGCCUCACGGCUCGUCAGGAACAGGUCUGUGUUGAAGAUGAUAUCUACACCGAGGUCAACCAAUAUCCCCACGCCAAUGAAUUCUGCAACCGAUUCCUGGGCAACCCUCCGGACAUCUUAGCCGUUUACACUACUCCUGUGACUACUGUCACCGACACAUACACGACCAUCACCAGAACCACAACCAGCACGAUCCCAGUCACCGCUACCGUGGCCGCUGGUGUCACCGCUGGUGCGAAAGCCAAGCGUAGCCUCACGAAGAACAGGUUCGACUCUGGUGCAGUCGCUCGGUUCAUCCGAGUAGCUGAAGACAACGGUACUGCCACUGUCACUGCCGAUGCCUCUUUCAUCUCUGCUCUCUCUAGUGCCUGUAGUUGUCAGCCUUUGACUAGAUCCACUUCUACUGUUACCUACACCGAGGAUGUUUCGACCUUUACUCAGCGUGCCUAUGCCAACACAGUACAGACUGUGAACGCCACGAUCACUGCUGCAACUGUUUCCGCCGCUGUCACCAGUGUUCCUACCGCCGAUAUCCCGUCUGCGGAUUCAGUGCCUCCAACUAGGGUCUCUAGCUCUGCAGCAUCAUCGCCUACCCCAAUCUCUCCCGCCAUCGUCUGCCCCAACGAUGAUAACACUAUCGACAGCCAGCUCAUUGAUGGCCAGCUAUUCCAAUAUCUCGUACAGUGUGAUACUGACAUAACUGACGAUAACUUGGCGCAAUUCCGUUAUCAGACAUUCACCGAGUGUACCGCCGCUUGUGGUAGUGCCAACUACGGAUUCAGCUCGCCCGUCUGCCAGGGUGCUGUCUUCUAUCCUGGUGCGGACUCGGGCUCGAACUGUUUCCUGAAGAAAUCUGCCAACUCCACCGUCGUCGCUGGAGGCAUCAAUACGGUCGUUCUCCUGAGAAUUGAAGUCGCAGUAACCGACACCACUCCUAGCGCAGUAUACGUUCCCUCUUCAACAUCUGCCAGUGUCGACACUUCUUCCAUGCUCUCAGCCAUUCUCCAGAACAGCACCACCUCCAUUCCUAUCAUCACGCCUCUUCCUGCAGUCGCCCACGCAAGAUUUGCCACUAGUUACUCAACCUAUGUCUCUGGAGGCAGUACAUAUUCAUCUGCCGAAGUCUAUUCCACCUAUGUCUCCAGUAACGGCUCGUGGUACGAGUCCUACUACACCACAUACACCGUCGCUUGGGCAGCCUCCUCGACCCAGGAAAUAUCCUACGCAACCUCUUCCUCCUCCUCCAGCGGUAGCAACGGCGAAUUUGGAGGUGGUUCGAGCGGCGGCGAUUCCUCGAGUGGAUCUACUGGCUCCUCUGGAAACUCGACUGGAAGCAAUGGUGGAAGCAAUGGCGGUGCUGCUGGCGGCUCGGGCUCCGGAUCGAGCUCCAGCGGUUACACCAUUACCACGACUGUCUAUAACAACACUGAGACCAACGGAAACCAAGAGAUCCGCAAUGAGACCGUUGUGACUACGUACAAUUGGUCAAACGGAACCACCACAUCGUCUUCAACCACAACAAUCACUCAAACCACCAUUGGCUCCUCGUCAGGAUUUACUUCUGGCAGCUCUUCCGGUGAGGCUGGUGGUUCAUCCGGCGGAUCCAGCGGCUCCAACAGCGAAUCAGCUGGCAACUCUAGCGGCUCUGCCGGAGGCUCGAAUGGUGGUGCAAACGGUGGGGGUAAUGGUGGAGCCAGCGGCGGAGGCAAUGGAGGUGGCAUCACAAAUGGCACAAUCAUCGUCACCAACUCUACAACCAUCACCAACGGCACCAUUUCGGUGAACGGAACGUCUGGCGGUGCAAAUGGUGGCAGCAAUGGUGGAUUUGGAGGUGGUUCGGGCGGCGACGUCAGCACCGAUAUCAUCGUCUCCACGAUCUACUCGACCGCAAUCUCUACUGUCUACGUCACUGCAUCAUCUCCAUUCACGAACUCCAUGUCAGAUGCUGGCCGUUCAGGUUUCGAGUCGCCGAGUUCCACUCCUUUCCCCACCCCCACACCAUCUUUUCCUUUCAAUGGCACCCUCAGUACCAGCAUUCCCCUGUACAACAGUUCUAGUGGGGUUUAUCUUCCACCCUCAGUAACUGGUUUGCCCAGCGGCUCGCCCUCGCCGUCCGCGAACGCCACGACUUCUACUCCUUUCUCGCCAUCAUCUUCGGGAGGAAAUCGUUCCGGCACAGCAGUUCCUGUGACAACUCCGUAUGCGUUCUCGAAUGCUUCGAUCACUUUUGGACCUACUGGUACCGGACCCAUUGGCACUGGACCCAUUGGCACUGGACCCAUUGGCACUGGACCCAUUGGCACUGGACCCAUUGGCACUGGACCCAUUGGCACUGGAUCAAGCCCAUUCUCUGGCUCCACUCCCACCGGAGACCGUACUGGCAGUUUAUCUCCGCCUUCAUCGACUCCGGUCACUAGCAGCACUGUAUCCGUUCCUUUGAGCACUGGCGUGCCGAGCCCGAACACGACUUCGACAGCGCCAUCUGUCAGCUUCCCCUUCCCUAUCAGUAACUCAACAUUCGCUGUUCCGACCGGAACUGCCCCUUCGGCUAGCUUCCCCUUCCCCACAGCAAACUCGUCCUUGUCUCUGCCUAUCGCAACCGCACCAUCUGCCAGCUUCCCAUUCCCGACUGCCAACACCACAAUCUUCGUUGGUCCCACCGGUACUGGCCCAUCAUCCGGCUUCCCCUUCCCCACAGCAAAUUCUUCUAUUCCGAUCAGUCCCACUGGCACCACUGAUCUGCGCAGCGGCACUCGUUCCCCUUCUGGACCUAGCGCCACAUUCCCUUCGGCUGCCAAUGGUACAUGUACCGACAUGACACCUUUGACCGUGACGAUGUUCUCUACGGUGACUGAGGCAGCCACUACUGUGUAUGCUACUACCACGUUGCUUGGUUGCUACUCCAAUUGUCCUCCAGCAGGCCAGGGUUAUUACGGACCAUUUGGUGGAUUCCCUAACCCCUCUACCCCAGCCACCACCUCUCCUGCUUGA